AUGGAACUAGAGAAUGAUACACGAAUUCCAGAAUUUCUCCUUCUGGGAUUUUCAGAGGAACCAAAAUUACAGCCCUUCCUCUUUGGGCUGUUCCUGUCCAUGUACCUGGUCACCAUACUUGGGAAUCUGCUCCUCAUCCUGGCUGUCAGCUCUGACUCUCACCUCCACACCCCCAUGUACUUCUUCCUUGCCAAUCUGUCUUUUGUAGACAUCUGUUUCACCUGUACCACCAUCCCAAAGAUGCUGGUAAAUAUACAAACACAAAGAAAAGUCAUAACUUAUGAAAGCUGCAUCAUACAGAUGUACUUUUUCAUACUUUUUGCAGGUAUAGACAAUUUCCUCCUGACUGUGAUGGCCUAUGAUCGCUACAUGGCCAUCUGCUACCCCCUGCACUACAUGGUCAUCAUGAACCCUCAGCUCUGUUCACUACUACUACUGGUGUCCUGGAUCACGAGUGCCUUGCAUUCUUUGUUACAAACCUUAAUGGUGUUGCGGCUGUCCUUCUGUACACACUUCCAAAUCCCCCACUUUUUCUGUGAACUCAAUCAGAUGAUCCAACUUGCCUGUUCUGACACCUUUCUUAAUAAUAUGGUGUUGUAUUUUGCAGCUAUAUUGCUGGGGGUUGCUCCCCUGGUUGGAGUCCUUUACUCUUACUUCAAGAUAGUUUCCUCUAUACGUAGGAUCUCAUCAGCUCACAGCAAGUAUAAAGCAUUUUCCACCUGUGCUUCUCACCUCUCGGUUGUCUCCUUAUUUUAUUGUACAAGCCUAGGAGCAUACCUUAGCUCUGCUGCUCUCCAGAGCACCCACACAAGUGCAGUGGCUUCAGUGAUGUACACAGUGGUCACCCCCAUGCUGAACCCCUUCAUCUACAGCCUCAGGAACAAAGACAUAAAGGAAGCUCUAAAUGUAUUUUUCAGAGGGAAGCCAUAA